AUGGACGAGCACAACCGACCCAUCCAUACUUUCCAGGUUUGCAAUGUGAUGGAGCCCAAUCAGAAUAACUGGCUUCGUUCCAACUGGAUCUCUCGACAGGCAGCUCAAAAGAUCUACGUGGAGCUUCGCUUCACCCUGCGCGACUGCAACUCCAUCCCUUGGGUAUCUGGCACCUGCAAGGAGACCUUCAACCUCUUCUACCAUGAGACUGAUGAGGCUCAUGGUGUCAAAUUCAAGCCUGCGCAGUACACUAAGAUUGACACCAUCGCUGCUGAUGAGAGCUUCACUCAGAUGGAUCUUGGAGAUCGUAUCCUCAAGCUCAACACAGAGGUGCGCGAGGUGGGACCCAUGACCAGGAAGGGCUUCUAUCUGGCGUUCCAGGACAUUGGUGCCUGCAUUGCCUUGGUUUCUGUGAGGGUUUACUAUAAGAAAUGUCCGUUCACACUGAGGAACCUGGCCUCAUUUCCAGACACAGUGCCUCGUGUGGACUCUUCCUCACUGGUGGAGGUGAGGGGAGCGUGCAUUGACCAUGCUGAAGAAAGAGACACACCUAAACUGUUCUGUGGAGCUGAUGGUGAUUGGUUGGUUCCAUUGGGAAGAUGUGUCUGCAGCGUUGGGUAUGAGGAGCUCGAUGGCUCAUGUGUUGCGUGCCACCCGGGCUUCUACAAGGCAUAUGCUGGAAACAUCAAGUGUUCAAAGUGCCCUCCACACAGUUUCAGCUAUGGAGAAGGGGUUGCCAUCUGCCGUUGUGAGAAGGGCUUCUUCAGGGCUGAGAAAGAUCCUCCAACUAUGGCUUGCACACGCCCUCCAUCUCCUCCCCGCAACUUAAUGUUUAACCUGAAUGACACCUGUCUGAUGCUGGAGUGGUCACCUCCCAGCGACACCGGGGGCCGCCGGGACCUCACCUACAACGUCCAGUGCAAACGCUGUGGCCCCGAGCCUGACCAGUGCCAGCUGUGCGAGGAGGAGCUUCGUUUCCUGCCGCGACCAUUAGGCCUGACCAACGCCACUGUCACUGUCACGGACUUCUCAGCACACGCCAACUACACCUUCGAGAUUGAGUCACUCAAUGGUGUGUCAGACAUGAGCUCCUUCCCUCGCCCGGUAGCUUUUAUCACCGUCAGCACUGACCAGGGCGGGCCGUCUGUGGUUGGGACGCUGAAGAAGGACUGGGCCUCUCCGAACAGCAUCGCUCUCUCCUGGCAGCAACCCGAACAGACAGCGCUGCCCAUCCUAGACUACGAGAUCAAAUAUUAUGAGAAGGAACAUGAGCAGCUGAGCUACUCGUCUACUCGCACCAAGGCUCCCAGUGUGAUCAUCUCAGGUUUAAAACCAGCGACUUGGUACGUCUUCAGUGUUCGUACCCGCACGCCAGCUGGAUACAGUUCCUACUCGCCUAAAUAUGAAUACAAAACUACAGGAGACUCAUCGGACAUGGCUUCUGAUCAAGGCCAGGUGUUGGUCAUCGUCACAGCAGCGGUUGGUGGCUUUACCCUCCUCGUCAUCCUCACCCUCUUCCUCCUCAUCACUGGAAGGUGUCAGUGGUACUUCAAGGCCAAGAUGACCUCGGAGGAGAAAAGAAGGACCAGUUAUCAGAAUGGACAUGUCCCUUUCCCAGGAAUAAAGACCUAUGUAGACCCUGAUACAUAUGAGGACCCCACUCAGGCCGUCCACGAGUUCACCAAGGAGAUCGACCCAUCCAGGAUCCGCAUCGAGAGGGUGAUCGGAGCCGGGGAGUUUGGUGAGGUGUGCAGUGGUCGCCUGAGAACACCGGGGAAGAAGGAGAUUGCCGUGGCGAUAAAGACACUGAAGGGAGGCUAUGUGGAGCGUCAGAGGCGGGACUUCUUGCGUGAGGCAUCAAUCAUGGGCCAGUUUGACCACCCCAACAUCAUCAGGUUGGAAGGCGUGGUCACCAAAAGCAGACCUGUGAUGAUUGUGGUGGAAUAUGUGGAAAAUGGAUCAUUGGACUCAUUUCUGAGGCAACAUGAUGGUCACUUCACUGUCAUCCAGCUGGUGGGCAUGCUGCGUGGCAUCGCCUCGGGCAUGAAGUACCUGUCAGACAUGGGCUACGUUCACCGAGACCUGGCGGCUCGAAACAUCCUGGUCAACAGCAACUUGGUGUGUAAAGUGUCAGACUUCGGCCUGUCGCGAGUGCUGGAGGACGACCCGGAGGCUGCUUACACCACAACGGGCGGUAAGAUCCCAAUCCGAUGGACGGCACCUGAGGCCAUCUCAUACAGGAAAUUCUCCUCAGCCAGUGACGCAUGGAGUUAUGGCAUUGUUAUGUGGGAAGUGAUGUCAUAUGGGGAACGGCCAUAUUGGGAGAUGUCCAAUCAGGACGUGAUUCUGUCCAUUGAAGAGGGCUACCGGCUGCCUGCACCGAUGGGCUGCCCCGUGGCACUGCACCAACUGAUGCUGCACUGCUGGCAGAAGGAGAGGAGUCAUCGGCCCAAAUUCACAGAUGUUGUCUCCUUCUUGGAUAAACUGAUCCGCAACCCCAGCAGCCUGCUGCCACUGGUAGAGGACAUUCAGAGUCUACCAGAGUCUCCGGGGGAGGAAAUGGACUACCCAAUGUUCAUCUCCGUCGGUGACUGGCUGGACUCCAUCAAGAUGAGUCAGUACAAGAGCAAUUUCAUGGCAGCAGGCUACAACACAUUGGAUUCGGUUGCCAGGAUGAGUAUUGAAUGUGAGGCGUAUUGGGGUGGAGCUGAUCGGCCACCAGAGGCGGAUCAUCAGCAGCUUACAGACCCUUCGCCUUCAGCUACUGCACGAACAGGAGAAAGGUUUCCAUGUAUGAGGACGCCCAUUGAUACAACCUGGGAUGGACAGAUAGAUGGAGCAGACGAAAGUGAAGUCUAG